AUGUGGGGGGAGUCUGAGCGGCUCAAGCUGGGGCCUCGCUCCGCCACUUCCAACCCCUUCCUCCGCCCCGCCCCCAGCGGGAUUCCUGGAGUGACGCGACUGAAAGUGGCGGGACUUGCGGGGUGGGGCCAAGAAAGCAAGAUGGGGAAAGGCCAACCCCCAGCUCCCUACCAACCAACCGCCUCAGGACCUCUCACCCCUGGCCAGGGCUCCGGAGCAAAAAAGCCAAAGUCCAAGCUGGUGGCCCAGCAGCUCAAGGGAAUAAAACUCCACGAGAAGCCUAGCUCAGGAGGAGGGGGCGGGUGGAACGGAGAAUGUCAGCCUGGUGCUGGAGAGUCAGGAAAGAGCACUAUCGUCAAACAGAUGAAGAUCAUUCACCAGGAUGGCUAUUCGCCAGAAGAAUGCCUAGAGUUCAAGGCCAUUAUCUAUGGGAAUGUGCUGCAGUCCGUCCUGGCCAUCAUCUGGGCCAUGUCCACACUGGGCAUCCUUUAUGCUGACCCAAGCCAUGUGUAUGAUGGGCAGCAGCUCAACAACCUGGCUGACCCUGUUGAGGAAGGAACUGUUCCCGAGCUGGUGGAGGUCAUCAAGAACUUGUGGGAGGAUAGUGGGGUGCAAGCCUCCUUCGACAGAGCUGCUGCGUACCAGCUAAAUGACUCUGCAUCUUACUACCUGAAUCAAUUAGACCAGAUUACAGCUCUGGACUACCUUCCUAAUGAGCAAGAUGUGCUCCGGUCUAUAGUGAAAACCACAGGCAUCAUUGAGACCAAGUUUUCAGUCAAAGACUUGAACUUCAGGAUGUUUGAUGUUGGAGGACAGAGAUCUGAGAGAAAGUGGAUCCACUGUUUUGAGGGAGUCACCUGCAUCAUUUUCUGUGCGGCCCUCAGUGCUUAUGAUAUGGUGCUGGUAGAAGAUGAGGUGAAUCAUAUGCAUGAAUCUUUGCACCUGUUCAACAGCAUAUGUAACCACAAAUUCUUUGCGGCUACUUCCAUUGUCCUCUUUCUCAACAAGAAGGAUCUCUUUGAGGAAAAAAUCAAGAAAGUGCAUCUCAGCAUUUGUUUUCUAGAGUAUGAUGGGAACAACUCUGAUGAUGCAGGGAAUUACAUCAAGAACCAGUUCCUUGACCUCAAUAUGCGAAACGAUGUCAAAGAAAUCUACAGCCACAUGACCUGAGCUAUAGACACGCAGAAUGUCAAAUUUGUGUUUGAUGCAGUUACAGAUAUUAUCAUCAAAGAAAAUCUCAAGGACUCUGGGCUCUUCUAA